AUGGAUACCAGCGGGAGUGAGUAUGACCAACCCUCACUACCAUCAGGCACGAGGAAGAGAAAGCGCUCAAGUGAGCAUGAUUCCUCGCGGGCGAGGAAGAAGCGCAAACCAGCGCUAAAUGACCUCCACAAGCUGCUGGUAACGUACCGCGGUUUGCAGCAGAUGCAACGAGAGCUGAGCGAGCAGCUCGCCAUCUGCGAGCGCCAAAUUGCCAAGCACAAGUUUGGCAGUGUCUCGGGAAGGUCUCGUCGUCGCCGCUGCCGCGGCCGUCCAUACGUCUUCCCCCGCGUGCAGUCUCCACUGCGCGAGUUAGUCAAGGUGGAGGAGGACCCCGGUCUGCCCACGUUCUGGGAGCGCGUGGGAGAGUGGUGGCGGAGAUGCUGGUGA